CUGCACCAUCCCAUCAGGUACCAUGAGUCCAGACACGCCCAAGCCCGGCGACUGGCCCGUCGAUCCCCAGCACGACGUGCCCGUCGACGACGACCGCAUCUGGAUUGACGGCUGCUUUGAUUUCAGCCAUCAUGGCCACGCCGGCGCCAUGCUGCAGGCCCGCCAGCUCGGCAACGAACUCCUCGUCGGCGUCCACUCCGACGAGGCCAUCCUCGACAACAAGGGCCCGACCGUCAUGACUCUGCCUGAACGCAUCGCCGCCGUCGACGCCUGCCGCUGGUCCACAAAGUCCAUCCCAAACGCUCCCUACGUCACCUCGUUGCCCUGGAUCACCCACUACGGCUGCCGCUAUGUCGUCCACGGCGACGACAUCACCUCGGACGCGUCGGGCGAGGACUGCUACCGCUUCGUCAAGCAGGCCGGCCGCUUCAAGAUUGUCAAGCGCACCCCUGGCAUCUCCACCACCGACCUGGUCGGCCGCAUGCUGCUCUGCACCAAGACGCACUUCAUCAAGGACCUGGAAAAGGCCCUUGACGGCGAGGAGGGCGAUGGGAGCGAGGAGGAGAGGAAGCUCGCGGGCGAGGCGAUGCGCGAACGAAUCGUCGCCUACGCGAGUGACGCUACCGGUUUGGCUCCAGGGAGCGAGGUCUGGCGCUGGCACCAAGAGCUGGGCAAGUCCACCCAGAUGGUCAAGGGCAUGGAGCCUCGUCCGGGGCAGAGCGUCGUUUACGUCGACGGCGGCUUUGAUCUCUUCUCCUCGGGCCACAUUGAGUUCCUCCGGAGAGUGAUUAAAGAAGAGGAGCAAGAGGCCCACAAGCGCGGCUGGUACCAUCCCGAAUCGGUGACGCAGCGCAUCACCCAAUUCGGCUGCGACUACAGCCCCGUCUACAUUAUCGCCGGCGUGCAUGACGAUGAGGUCAUUAACGAAUGGAAAGGCAUCAACUACCCCAUAAUGAACGUCUUUGAGCGUGGCCUGUGCGUGUUGCAGUGCAAGUACGUCUCGGCCGUUGUCUUCUCUGCGCCGUUUAACCCUGACCCGACCUUCCUCCGCUUCCUGCCUUAUGGUCUGCCGAGCGCCGUCUACCAUGGCCCGACUGCCUUUAUGCCCACUGCCGAAGAUCCGUAUGCCGAUGCGAAGAAGCUCAAAAUCUUCCGCGAGAUACCGCAGCAUGACUUUGCGCACGUCAACGCAGGCGAGAUUGUAAACCGCAUCAUGCGCAGCAGGGCGUUGUACGAGGAACGGCAGCGGGCCAAGGGCGUAAAGGGCAUUGGCGAGGAGGCAGUGAGAAGGAGAGAGGAGCUGGAGCGGGAGACGGCAGCAAGGGAUGCGGACAGACUAGCGCAGAGAGAGGCGCAAGGAUAGAUGUAAAAAGAAAAAAUGGAGGUUCGUCUGCUUGGAGUGGCACGGCCGCAUUAAUAGACUGUAAUAGAGGAAAUCACCUACGAUUAGGCGGUCAAGAGGCGAGAUCUGUGAACCAGUGCGUCGGGAGGAAGAAGAAGUCACGGCUCGGGUCAGAUUUGCUCUAUUCGGCCGGUAUCGCGCCGAGACUUUCCCCGCAUCAAACGCCGAUGGACGAGGUACACUUCCCCGCGAUCCUCACGAUGCAACGACAUCGGCGUGAAUUCACGACGUCUAACUCGGGAUUGGUUUUCCGCGUCGUCUUGUUGUAGAUAAAUUAGCUGGCUGCUCAUCGACCGGGUUGGAUACAUACCAGAUUUA